CUCAAUACUUCUUGUACAACAAUGAGUCUUUUCUAAUUACAGGAAAUUCUUGCUAGUAUGAAGACUAGUUUGAAUAUUUGUUGAAUAUAAAUAAGUUUCACACGACGUAAUACUUGAAAAUGAGUGUUGAAACAACACCACACAAAGAGAAACCUCAUGUUACUCUAUUGAGAAAAGGAUCAAACAGUAGAAUGGCAUUGAAAGAAAAAAUUGUACAGAUCUAUGAAGCAUUCUUUCAGGGUGAGGACCCUUCAAGAGGUAAUGCUAAUUUUUGGGAUGAAAUGUUUCUACUAAAAGUAAACACAGGUUUUAUAGAGAAUGAGAUAGAUAAGUUGAGUGGAGAAGGUCUAGUCAAUUUAAAGGAAAAUUUUAAUCUGUUAUUCUAUAAAGCUGUUGAAAAUUUGAGAUAUGAUAAUCAUAUAAGAACUGUUAAUGCCCUGCAGACAUUAUGUGCCUUAAUAAGAGGUAUAUUUAAAAAGAGUUGUGGUAGCUAUGGAUUUGAUACCAUAAACCUGUUGGUUGGAUUUGACGCAGCAGAUUCUGUUAUGCAGAAUUAA